CUGUGGACGGUUGCUACUCGCACUCGCUGGCGGAUUAACGGCAUAAAUAUAUACACAGAUAUAUGUAUAUCAUAUACAUAUAUACCAUUAUAUCUGGAGCUACUAUGUACAAGUCUGCGUAGAGGGGAAACGUUUGAGGACGAAAAAAUCCUAUUCUGGCACAAGGAACAACACUAAACCAAUAGUUUAAAAGGAAAUCGUUUGAAAGACAAUACACCCAUCAGCAAACCAAAGAAUUACAAUGGCCGAUAAAAAAAUUGGUGAAUACUACGCACCGCCUGUAAAAAUGGGCAAAUGGGAGGGUUUCAAAAAAUUCCUAUGGAAUAGUGAGACUAGCCAAUGCCUUGGACGCACCGGAUCCAGUUGGGCGAAAAUUCUUCUAUUUUACAUAAUAUUUUAUGCGGCGUUAACUGGGUUUUUUGCUGCCAUUUUUACUGUAUUUUAUCAAACUCUGGACAAUGAAAAGCCAAAAUGGAUGCUUGACAAUGGUUUGAUAGGAUCCAACCCAGGUCUAGGCUUUCGACCAAUGCCUCCAGAAGCAAAUGUUGAGAGCACACUAGUUUGGUAUGAGUCAUCAAAGAAGGAUAACUAUAAGUACUGGGUGGACGAGACUUCACGUUUUCUGAAAUCAUACCAGGAUCUUGAGAAGCAGAACCAAGUGAACUGUAGCUUUGAACAUCCACCACAAGACGAUAAAGUCUGCGGCAUUGAUGUCGCGAGCUUCUCGCCAUGUACAGCUGAAAACAACUUUGGCUAUCACGUUGCCCGGCCAUGUAUAUUCCUUAAGUUGAAUAAGAUUUACAAUUGGAUACCAGAAAUUUACAACGAUUCUAAGACCUUGCCAGAUCAUAUGCCAGAGGAACUAAAGCAGCACAUCAAGGAAAAGCAAAGUCUUAGACCCAAUGAAACAAAUGUAGUUUGGGUCUCGUGCGAGGGAGAAAAUCCCGCUGAUGUCGAAAACAUAAAAGCACGUGACUACUAUCCACGCAUGGGUUUCCCCCGUUACUAUUUUCCGUUUAAAAACAUUCAGGGAUAUAUACCGCCCAUUGUUGCUGUUCAAUUUACCGUUGAAACCGGCGUUUUGAUCAACAUUGAGUGUAAGGCUUGGGCCCGCAACAUCAAUCACGAUCGUUCAGACAGAAGAGGAUCCGUUCACUUCGAGUUGAUGGUUGAUUAAGAGAGUCGUUAUAAAGAUGUCAUUGGCGAGAAGCGAUCGACCGUAUUAUCGAGAAAUAUAUGAGAAAAUAAAAUACAAUGAAAGAAUGGAGUAUAAAAAAAACCGACAACAAAACCCACACCAAAUAGAUACGAAAAAAUGUAGCAUCGCAGAAACAUCAGGUUAUUGCAAAAACCAAAAAAAAACAAACAUUAACGUGCGAAAUACAGCAGCAACCAAAGAGAAAAUUAAAAAAAAAAUAAGCUACAAAAACCAAUGAAAACCUUUAAGAUAAAAUGAAACUAGCCCAAUAAAGCAAAACAAAAUGCUAAGAAUAUUCUACCCAACCCAACGCUAACUAAGCAACGCCCCUCGCAUAAUCACAAGAAAACCUUAAUUUUGUAUCAUAUCUUUAUUUCUUUAGAAAACGAAUUAGGCGAUAACAAUAACAAAACAUUCAUAACAAAAAAAUGUUUCUCUUUAAAUUCUGUAUUGUUUUUCGGAUUAUAUUUUUUUACCCUCAUAUAGCAAAAAAAUCAAGCACCCCAGUCAAAAGUACUAAAAUGCUUAUCUUAUGUUGUACUUAUAUUUUGGACGAUAACCAAAGCUAAUAAAACAUUUUAAAAUUAUUUAUAUAUGUACAAUUGGAGGAAAUAUAAACAAAUGCAUAUAUGUGAGAAUGAGAAAAAUUAAUCAACAACUUCAAUUAGCAAACUAAAACACAGAAACCUUAAUACAAAAUUUAAAUAAAGGAAAACUGAACAGCUAAUUAAGACAUAUAUCUAUUUAAUUCCCUUUAAUUAUUAUUGAAAGCCGCAAAUCCAAGAUCGCAGAUGGGUAAAUCGCAUUCAAAUAUAUAAAUUAAAGAAAUAAAAACCAAGAAAACAGAAUAAAUAGUAAACAUAAGAAUAAAUAGUAAAGAGAUUACUGGUUGCAAUGAUAAUGAACACAUAUAAUAAAAAUGUAUUAUGUAUUCUACACUACAGAAAUAAUAAAAAUAAAUUUAAUUUGCUCUACCCAAAUAAAAAAAAUUCCGUUUCCAUCCCA